AUGGCCGACAUUAACGUUGAUGUUCUCGUCAUUGGCAUGGGACCUACUGGUCUCGGUGCCGCCAAGCGUCUGAACCAGAUCAAUGGCCCUUCAUGGCUGAUUGUCGACUCCUCCCACAAGGCUGGUGGUCUCGCCGGUACUGAUGUCACUCCUGAAGGCUUCCUGUACGAUGUUGGCGGUCAUGUCAUCUUCUCCCACUACAAGUACUUCGACGACUGCCUGGACGAGGCUCUCCCCAAGGACGACGACUGGUUCGUCCACCAGCGAAUCUCCUACGUCCGCUACAAGGGCCUCUGGGUCCCCUAUCCCUUCCAGAACAACAUCUCCAUGCUCCCCAAGGAGGACCAGGUCAGAUGCUUGGAGGGCAUGAUCGACGCUGCCCUUGAGCACCGCGUAGCCAACACCAAGCCCAAGAACUUUGACGAGUGGAUCAUCAGAAACACCGGUGUUGGUGUUGCUGAUAUCUUCAUGCGUCCCUACAACUACAAGGUCUGGGCCGUCCCUACCACCAAGAUGCAAUGCCAGUGGCUCGGCGAGCGAGUUGCUGCCCCCGAUGUCAAGACCGUCACCAAGAACGUCGUCCUGAACAAGGUUGCCGGUAACUGGGGACCCAAUGCCACUUUCCGAUUCCCCGCUCGGGACGGUACCGGUGGUAUCUGGAUCGCCGUCGCCGACACUCUUCCCGCCGAGAAGAAGAAGUUUGGCAAGUCUGGUGAGGUCACCAAGGUCGACGCCGCCAACAAGACCGUCACCAUGGCCGACGGCACCACCAUUGGCUAUGGCACCCUAGUCAACACCAUGGCUGUCGACCACCUCGUCGAGAAGAUGGGCAACCAGGAGCUCAUCACCCUGUCCAAGGGCCUCUUCUACUCCACCACCCACGUCAUUGGUGUUGGUAUCCGUGGUGAGCGCCCUGAGCGCAUCGGCGACAAGUGCUGGCUGUACUUCCCCGAGGACAACUGCCCCUUCUACCGUGCCACCAUCUUCUCCAACUACUCUCCCUACAACCAGCCUGAGAAGAACGCCAAGCUGCCAACCCUGUACCUUGCCAAUGGCGAGAAGGCUGCCUCUUCCGAUGCCAAGGAUGGUCCUUACUGGUCCAUCAUGCUGGAGGUCUCACAGUCUGAGCUGAAGCCUGUCGAUGUGGACAACCUGCUCAAGGACUGCAUCCAGGGUCUCGUCAACACCGACAUGCUCAAGCCCGAGGACGAGAUCGUCUCGACCUACCACCGUGCCUUUGACCACGGAUACCCCACUCCCUCUCUGGAGCGUGAGGGUGUCCUGACGGAGCUCCUGCCCAAGCUCCAGGACAUGGGCAUCUACUCUCGUGGCCGCUUCGGCAGCUGGAGAUACGAGGUCGGCAACCAGGAUCACUCUUUCAUGCUGGGUGUUGAGGCCGUCGACGCCAUCACCAGCGGGGCUGUCGAGCUGACUCUCAACUACCCCGACUUUGUCAACGGCCGACGGAACACCGAGAGGCGUCUGGCCCAGGCCUUUUCCUACGGAGCUCAGCCUCUGCCUACCCGCGAGAGGAACUAA